AUGAAGCUCGUCUUAGUGCUGUGUGCCAUAAGCGUGGCCAGUGUGAUGGCCAUGGGCCGGCCCGAGUCACGUAUUUCCGGUGGAACUGAUGCUGAUCCACAGGCAAUCCCCUAUAUCGCAGGGAUUCUAAUUUCAGGCUCUAACCGCCAUUCAUUCUGUGCCGGUAUACUAGUUUCUCCAACACACGUUCUCACGACGGCCAGCUGUGUCUCGAACCAACCGACGAUGACUAUUCUUCUUGGUGCCAGCGAUAUGACCCGCAUACAACAGUUCAUUGGUGUGGCCAACACGCUCAUCCAUCCUAAUUACAGCUCCCUCCUGAACAGGGAUGAUAUUGCCAUUCUAACCAUGGAUCGUCCGACACCGCUGAACGAGUACAUUCAGAUUGCGAAUCUGCCGCGCUGGGCGCACGUUGGUAACUCUUUCAACGGUUUCGGUACCACCGUCAGCGGUUGGGGCAACACCGGAAACCGAGACAACGAACCCGUACCGAUUCAGACCCUACUUUCGAUUCGGACGCCUGUUGUUAGUAACACGGUGUGCGGGCUGUCGCACAACUUCAUACGCGACGAUCACAUCUGCACCUCCGGCGACAACGGUGGACCCUGUGAUGGAGACGAUGGCGGACCUGUUACGAUCACGGAAGGGGGCGAAACCGUCGUCAUUGGCAUGCACUCGUUCCACUACUCGGGACUCUUUGGGUGCGAUCGUGGCCGGUCGGCUGUUCAUGUGCGACUCACCAGCUACCUAAGCUGGAUCGGAGCCAACUCGGACGCCAUCAUUGGACUGUAA